GAUUCCAGUUGGGAGCAUGGAAUAUCAUUGUUGCAGCAGGGCUCUCGCAAAGUUGUUACAUCGUCGAUAAGCUGGGAAGGCGAUGUCAACCAACUCGCGCUGGACCAUGGUGUUCGUUUUAACCCUGGGACGUCUCGAGACUGGAUGCAGAGUUUCGAGAGUGUCGAUGUCAAUGGACGCUACUGUUCUCUUUGCAGCAUGCCCCCGAAAGAGCGUGCGCCCAACAAGUCCUACCUGCAGCGUAGCGACUGCGGCAACAGCAGCUACUGGGAACACCCUGAGAAUGGCAAGCUGCCCUUGAGCACCUUCAUGAAGAAGGCCACGGCAGAGCACAACGUGACAAAUGGGUGGUGUGAGCUCAACUUUGAAAAGGGCUGCGCUGAUGCCGUCUACAACCGGGACUAUAUGUUUUUUGCCAAAAGCGUGGUGUGGCCUAACAGCUCAGUAGCUUCUUAUGACCAGCACUUCUGCUACUACAACGGUUGGCUGUCCCCUGAGUUCAGAGCAUUGCAGCACGACUAC